GUUGAUUUAGUCAUGAUGUACAGUGACAGUCAAGUUGAGAAGCCAGGUGAAGAUCCUUGGUAUUACGACAAGCGCUAUGCAAGGUUUUGGCAUCAUUACAAUACCAUGAUGAUGACAGCACACAAAGAUGCUGUCGUACGAGCGAGACAUAUUGCAUCACAUACGAAUACAGCCCUCUGUGGGAUGCUGAAAGAACAAUCUCAUCAACCGAAGUACAGUGAACCUUCAAGACUGAGAAAAUUUGCAUCUAGUAAAAGUCUGACCGACCUUUCGAGAUCCGGCCGAAAUCGCAAGAAGAGAAAGAGGAAGAAAAAGAACAAACCGCACAGAACUCCAGCCUUUCAGGACAGUCAAGGAACAGUGAGUGACAGUGAAGCCCUGCAGUCGCAGAUGAGCCAAGGAAUGCAUUUGCAGGAUGAGGAGGAAAACAUGGAAGUUAGUGAAGACUUCUUAGAAUUUCUCCAGCAGAGUGAGCAACACCGGGUCGAGUGGAAAAUCCGCAAAGUGAAAAGGGCUUUGGAUGAGGAGAAACAGUCAGAGGAUAGUGAAGGCAAUUCCAAACCAAAGGAAUCUUUAAAAAUACUCAAUAAACAAGAGCAUCCGGAUGUCACCCGGAGCCGAGAGAUGCACCAGUUGUAUGGGGAAGCAGCAGCAAGAAUACAUGCAAUGGAGACUGCAGUCCAGCUGUCUUUUGACCGAAUAGCAACACUGUACCAACCUCAGUAUUGGCCAAACAUUCCCCUCAAGUUGAUAUUCUGAGGAGACUUUUAGCUUGCCACACUGCAAAGAAACUACUUUUUAUAAGUUCAUGAGAUUUGAAAAAGAUGGUAACACUGUAGAGUAGUUUUCAUCAAUUGUAUUUUAUUACAAUAAACAGAAAAUGUGACUUGAA